AGGCCAGAGGAGGGCACGUAGGCGCCUCCGGGAGGAUGGAUGUCCCCGGGACCUGGAGCUGAGUAACCUAGAGCACCGCGGGCAGGGCGCGCCGCAGGAAAGCAGUCCCUCGCUGUUCCUCCGGGAGCCCAACACCGUUCCCGCGCGGCCACGAUGAUCCCUCCGAGCAGCCCCCGGGAGGACGGCGUGGACGGGCUGCCCAAGGAGGCGGCGAGCGCCGACCAGCCGCCCUCUCCGGCAUCCACCAGCAGCCAGGAAUCCAAGCUCCAGAAACUAAAACGAUCGCUUUCUUUCAAGACCAAGAGUUUACGGAGCAAAAGUGCUGACAACUUCUUCCAGAGAGCCAACAGUGAUGACGUGAAGCUGCAAGCAGACAUGCUGGCCGAGGUCAGCCCCAGCUCCAGCCCACUCCCUGCACCAGGAAGCCUGAUGUCCAUGCCAGCCAGGGCAGGCCUGCAUCCAGGCAGCAAGGCCCAUUCCUUUCAGGAACACAUCUUCAAGAAGCCCACUUUCUGUGAUGUCUGCAACCACAUGAUAGUGGGAACAAACGCUAAGCAUGGACUGCGCUGCAAAGCCUGUAAGAUGAGCAUCCACCACAAGUGCACAGAUGGCCUCACACCCCAGCGGUGCAUGGGCAAGCUGCCAAAGGGGUUCCGGCGUUACUAUAGCUCCCCCUUGCUCAUUCAUGAACAGUUUGGAUGCAUUAAAGAAGUUAUGCCCAUUGCCUGUGGCAAUAAGGUAGAUCCAGUCUACGAGACCCUCCGCUUCGGCACCUCCCUGGCCCAGAGAACAAAGAAGGGCAGCUCCGGCAGUGGCUCUGAUUCACCUCACAGAACCUCUACUUCUGAUCUGGUGGAGGUUCCUGAGGAAGCUGAUGGACCAGGGCCAGGAGGGGAGUAUGACCUUAGGAAACGCAGCAACAGUGUGUUUACAUAUCCAGAAAAUGGCACUGAUGAUUUCAGAGACCAAGCCAAGAACAUAAACCACCAGGAACCUCUUUCCAAAGACCCAUUACAAAUGAACACCUACGUUGCCUUGUACAAAUUUGUACCACAAGAGAAUGAAGAUUUGGAAAUGAGGCCGGGAGACAUUAUUACUCUUAUAGAGGAUUCCAAUGAAGACUGGUGGAAAGGAAAAAUUCAAGACAGGAUUGGCUUCUUUCCAGCCAACUUUGUUCAGAGAGUACAACAAAAUGAGAAGAUUUUUAGAUGCAUUAGAACCUUCACUGGGUGUAAAGAACAGGGGCAGAUAACACUGAAGGAGAAUCAGAUCUGUGUGAGUUCUGAAGAAGAACAAGACGGCUUUAUCAGAGUUCUCAGUGGAAAGAAGAGAGGCCUUGUCCCCCUUGAUGUCCUAGAAAACAUCUGAUUGCUGACCCCACCUCCUUUUGCAGUGGGCUAGCUCUACUGUGAUGCUGAUACCAUCUGCCUCAUCUCACACUGUGUCAACCAGAGGAGCUGCCACACUCACCUGGCCCCCAGGAAAUAGUGGGAGAAGCCUCAAGGAUCUGAGACUAUGGAGUAACAGUCCCCAAACAGAGGCCUACCACACAGCAUCACCAGACUGCCCAAGGUGGGGAAGAGGCUAAGAGAGGGCCUCAGGGCCAGUGCCUGCCUGGCAGCAGCAGUGGGGCUAUCCAUUACAGUUUUCCCCCAGGACCUGGCUCCCUCCCUGUCCAUGUGAUGUCAGUUAACCACAUGGACAGUGCUCCAGGUUGUAAGGUGGCCCCAGUACAAGGUUCAGAUCCAUGUAGCCAAGUGUUAUUCUGGUUCCAAACCCUUGUUCCCAAUACUGAUCAAUCAGCAUCAUCAUGUUUCAGAAACCAGGAAGUCUCUCUGCAGAGCAUCAGGAAGGCUGGCUCUCGUGCCCCCAAUAUUCCAGUGCCCCCCAAUCUCACCCCUUACUUCGUGAUUGUGCAGUCCAGAGUGGCUGGCCUAUUCUUUUGGUCCCUUUAUUCUAAUGAGUAAAUCCUGGUGAUGUGCUUUGGAUAUGAGGACUACAUUGACAUGGCCCCAUCUGCAAAGACCUGACCUGCCCAAAGAUAGCUGACAGGCCAUCCUUGCUACUGCUCUGGUUACCAGCAUAAGUGACAGAGCAGAUAGGAAAAGGAUGGAGAAAGAAGUAAAGUGGGGAAAGAUUCAUUAUCUAUUAAAGAUUAUACAGCUCUUUCAGUUAUGAAGUCUUUCUUGAAGGAAAUGGAUCUGGGGAAAAGGAUGUGGCAAAAGGUAGCCAUUUUCAUUUCACAUCCUCUGUAUUAGGGGCAGCAUUAUUUCCUCAUGCCAUCCUUUAGGACUUCAUUUUGGAGGUUGAACCCACCUUGCAGGGAACCAGGAACAUGGAGAGGAAUCAACAACAGCAUCUUAGAAGAAACGCAGCCAAAUUGGAAUCUAUUAUUCUUUAGGACAGCAUAUUAUAUAAACCCUAGCAGAUGUAAAAGGGAAAAAGUCCUAAAUGUUUCAUCCCUCUGAAAACAGAGGAACUUGGGACCUAUUUAGCAUUAUCUAGGGGAAUCUCUUGUUACCCUGCAUUUGUACUAAUGUUUACAAGAAUGCAAUAUACUGUGAUGCCUUCCUCCUCCAGCCGCCUCCUAGCAUUCAAACUUGCAUCCUAUUAGUAAUGAAUAUGGUUAAAUUCAAUUCACAGUGACCUUGGAAUCAAUGUCAGUUUGAUGUAUUUUGUUACAGAGCAAUAAAAUCAUUGUAACAAUGGUUUUUAAAAGACUUAAGUGGAUACAUCCUGUGCAUGUAAGCAUUAUUUCCCAAACCAAAGCAUCAUUAGACUCUAUUUAUUUCUUUUUUUUACUUCUCAGUGUGAAAUUGGGAGCUGAGAAGGUAUGGCUGCUGGUUUCACAGAAGUUUGGAUGCCUUAGUCUCAUUUCAAAGCCAGCAUCCAGAAUUUCCUCCCUCUCUGAUUCAACCUGCAAAACCAGGUGUACAAAAUCAAGAUGCAUUCUUUGAGAACCAAGGUAGAUAAUAUGAUGAUGGCCUUUCUGUGUAAUUGGAUGCCAAGUAAUUUGCCUCUAAUUCAAUAUUCCAUUUAAUAAAGACAACACAGUGGCUGGAAGGAGCAU